UUACAGUUCUAUUUACAGCUCAUAUUGCUUGCGGCAGACUCACACAAGUCUUCCCCCGUUGAAAACAUGACGAUUGCUCCCAAAUCGCCGGCGAGAUUCAAGCUUGGGAGGCAGUCAUCGCUUGCGCCGGAAUCAAGAACCACGAUAGAUACGCUUACGGAAGAUGAAGACGACGAGUUGGCGGCGGCGGCUUCGGCUGGGAUCGUGGAUCCGACGAUUCGUCUAAUGUAUCUAGCCAACGAAGGUGAUAUCGAUGGGAUCAAUAAGAUGUUGGAUUCGGGAACUAAUGUCGAUUACCGUGACAUCGAUGGCCGUACUGCUCUUCACGUCGCCGCUUGCCAAGGACGAACCGAUGUGGUUCAGCUUCUGCUCAGCCGUCGUGCUAAGGUUGAUACCAUGGACCGAUGGGGUAGUACGCCUCUUGCAGAUGCAGUGUAUUACAAAAAUCAUGAUGUGAUUAAACUUUUGGAACAACAUGGUGCAAAGCCUCCGAUUGCUCCUAUGCAUGUCCUAACUGAUAAAGAGGUUCCAGAGUAUGAGAUUCAUCCUACAGAGCUUGAUUUUUCUAACUCUGUCAAAAUUUCAAAGGGUACCUUUCACAAGGCUUCAUGGCGUGGAAUUGACGUGGCUGUUAAGGCCUUUGGAGAGGAGAUGUUUACUGAUGAAGACAAAGUGAAUGCGUUUAGGGACGAACUUGCACUGCUUCAAAAGAUACGCCAUCCCAAUGUUGUUCAGUUUCUUGGGGCAGUUACUCAAAGUACCCCCAUGAUGAUUGUCACAGAAUAUUUACCAAAGGGAGAUCUUCGACAAUAUCUAGACAGGAAAGGACCUCUAAUGCCAGCGCAUGCAGUGAAGUUCGCACUUGAAAUUGCUAGGGGUUUGAAUUAUUUGCAUGAGCAUAAACCUGAAGCAAUAAUCCAUUGCGACCUAGAACCUCCAAACAUACUGCGGGAUGAUUCGGGGCAUCUGAAAGUUGCAGACUUUGGAGUUAGCAAGCUGCUGGUAUUUAAGAAGACAGUUAAAAAGGACAGACCUGUUACAUCAUUGGACAGUUCUUGGCGAUAUAUGGCUCCAGAAGUUUAUAGGAAUGAAGAGUAUGAUACAAAAGUAGAUAUUUUUUCUUUCGCUUUGAUAUUACAAGAGAUGAUAGAAGGUUGUGUACCGUUUCAUGAGAUAGAAGAAAGCGAAGUGCCUAAAGCAUAUAUUGAAGAUGAACGCCCACCAUUCAAUGCUCCAGCGAAAUCAUAUCCUUUCGGGUUAAGAGAGCUAAUCCAGGAUUGUUGGGACAAAGAAGCAUCAAAAAGACCAACGUUUCGAGAAAUCAUCUCUGCUUUGGAAAUAAUAAGUGAUCGAAUUGCACGCAAAACGAGCUGGAAGGUGAUGGUAGGAAGAUGCAUUCCAAGGUUCAGAUUGUUUAAGAAGCGAGAUUAUGUGAAUCCGAGUAGUAACCGUUCAUCAAGCUCAAUCACCAGAUGAGACUCCUCCAAUAUAGCUCUGGUUUGUUUGCCUUUAAAAGGAAAACAAUAUCAAGUUCGUUCUUUUUUUUUUUUUUCUUUUUUAAUAGCUCUUUGUAUAUUUAUUUAUAUGGCAUCACGGCUGGUUUUGUUUAUCUGAAUGAACAUGGUGUGUAUUAUUAUAAUUAUGCUGUGGUAACGAUAUCUCUUAGCUAAUUCGAGUUUGCAUAGUGUAA